AUGGCUUCAAAUGGUGGAAAGCUUGAGGUCGAAAUUGAGGUGAAAUCUCCUUCACAAAAGUUCUGGGAAGGCAUUAGGGACUCCACCACUAUCUUCCCCAAUGCGUUCCCUCAUGACUACAAAAGCAUUGAUGUCCUCGAAGGCGAUGGAAAAGCUGUUGGCUCUGUUCGCCUCAUAACAUAUUCGGAAGGUUCUCCAAUUGUGAAAGUAUCGAAAGAGACGAUCGAUGCAGUGGAUGAAGCAAACAAGUCAGUUGCUUACAAGGUGAUCGACGGAGAUCUGCUCAAGUACUACAAGAGCUUCAAGUGCAUCCUGACCGUGACUCCCAAGGGAGACGGGAGCUUGGUGAAAUGGUCAUCUGUGUAUGAGAAAGCCCACGAACAGAUUCCUGAUCCAAGUCUCAUCAAGGAUUUUGCUGUCAAGAACUUCCAGGAGCUCGAUGCCUAUGUUCUGGCUAAUUAA